AUGGUGCUUAAAAUUGUGGUUUUGGCAGUUCUCGUAGUGAUUACAGGUUAGAAAAAAAAAUAAAUUCAGAGUUAGCCUAACUCCCGAAUUCUUCCAGAAUCCCAAAUCAGCGCCAUGUUCGGCAAUCCAAUCCAGGCUUCAAACUGCGAAACAUGGUCCGAAUGGGGCCCGUGCGUCUGGCUAAAAGGCAAAGAGAAACGCUUCCAACGCACCUACUUCGAACAACUUCUUCCCGGCCGAAAAGGCUGUCGAAAUCACGUCUUUUUUCGACUUCUCAAAGAUCGUUGGGGUGUUGUAAGUUGCUUUUGUUUUGGACAAAAAAAAUGUGGAACAAACAAAAAUCCGAUAAGCUUUUGGGAGGCCAAAAAAAACUUGGAGAGAUAAAAUCUGAAGCGAUUUUCAACACUGAUUUUUUUUUCGCGCGCAAAACAACGAGGAAAAAUGUGGAACAACACAAGAUCGUAUCGUGAUUUGGGGUUUUGAGGGAAAAAAAUCGGAUCUGGCCAAAAAAAACAACGAGACUCCGCGUUGACGACGCUUAAUUCAACUAAAAAUAAGAUUAACCUGGCCUAAUUCAGACACCCUGAAAAGCAAGACUGAAAAUUUAGACCACGCCCGGUUCCAACUAAAAAUCGGAUUAUCCUGGUCCAGUUCAGACAUAUUGAAAAUCAGGCCUGAUAAAUAACACCAGGACUAGUUCCGACUAAAAAUAGAACUAUCCUGGCCCGAUUCAGACACCCUGGAAACCAAGUCUGAAAAUUCAUACCAGGCCCAGUUCCAACUAAAAAUCGGAUUAUCCUGGCCCGAUUCAGACAGCCUGAAAACCAAGCCUGAAGGUUCAGACCAGGCCCGAUUCCAACUAAAAAUAAGAUUAACCUGGCCCGAUUCAGACAGCCUGAAAACCAAGCCUGAAGGUUCAGACCAGGCCCGAUUCCAACUAAAAAUAAGAUUAACCUGGCCCGAUUCAGACAGCCUGAAAACCAAGCCUGAAGGUUCAGACCAGGCCCAAUUCCAACUAAAAAUAAGAUUAACCUGGCCCGAUUCAGACAGCCUGAAAACCAAGCCUGAAGGUUCAGACCAGGCCCGAUUCCAACUAAAAAUAAGAUUAACCUGGCCCGAUUCAGACAGCCUGAAAACCAAGCCUGAAGGUUCAGACCAGGCCCAAUUCCAACUAAAAAUAAGAUUAACCUGGCCCGAUUCAGACAGCCUGAAAACCAAGCCUGAAAAUUUAGACCAGGCCCACUUCCAUCCCAAAAAUCCGACUUAGCCCAACUCCCCCUUGUUUCCAGGCCUUCAACAAUUUCUACCAAUACCUACGCGACACAACUUUGAGCGAAGAGCAAUGCGGCGAGUGCUCAUAUCAACAGAGUUGUGGAAGAAAAUGUCAUCGAAGGUACGGUAUAUCCUCUGCGUCUCUAACGAGUUCACCAGAGAAAAAAAGUCCAAAAAGCUCCCCCACGAUGAUGAAAAAAAAAAUUCCCGCGCAGAUUAGCUGAAAUUCAAAACCCUCAUGCUCAUCUUGAUCUUGAAUUUCAGAGGCGACAUCGGCGUCAUCAAUCCGCUAUUCGUCGCCGAGCGAAAAUGUCAAGGAGUUGAUCAGAGUAAUGUAUGGUUAAAGGAGCAUACAGUAACCUAAGGAGCCUACAGUAACCUUGUUUUUUUGCAGUCUUGCGUCUCUACCUUCGUGCCAAACUGCAAACUUUGGCCAAAUCCACAAAUUCAAUUGCCCAAUGUGACGGAAUCGAUGCAGAAUAUUAUUGAUAAUUUGGAUUAUUUGCAAUGUGUUCCCGAGCAUCGGUGAGAGACGUAGAGGAGCGGAGAGAGAGAGAGAGAGAGAGAGAGAGAGAGAGAGAGAGAGAGAGAGAGAGAGAGAGAGAGAGAGAGAGAGAGAGAGAGAGAGAGAGAGAUAGUGUGAGAAGUUAGACGACUAGAGAAUUAGAGAUAAUGUAGAGUGGAGAGAGUGCAGAUACAACAGGGAGGUGAUCGAGUGUGUGAUUUUGAGAGACUCUGGACGUCAUACAGAGUUGAGAGAGCACAUGAACUUGAGAGACGCCAGACAUACCAGGGCAGCUAGAGAAGAGAGUGUGUAGUUUCCAGAGACGCCAGACAUACCAGUGCAGUAAGAGAAGAGAGUGUGUGAUUUUGAGAGACGCCAGAGAAAACAGCGUAGUAAGAGAAGAGAGUGUGUGAUUUUGCGAGAGUCUAGACGCAAGGCAAAAGUGAGAGUGCAGAAGAAUUUGAGAGACGCCAGACAUAGCAGAGUAGUAAGAGAGUGUUCAAUUUUGAGAGAAGCUAGACAGAAUUUCCCAAAUUUUUUUUUAAAUUCCCAAUUCUUCAUGUUCAGCUCACCACAAAAACAUAUAAACAAUGUGAGCAAAAAGUUGUCUUCCUCUUUUUUUCGUCUUAUUUGAGCUGAUCUUCUAGAGCUCAUCAAAUUUUCAUCAAAAAUUGGCUCUUUUUAUGUUUUAUGUUCAAAAAUUGCUCAUUUUCAGCCCAUCCGGCUCGGUUUGCCGCUGUUGUUGUCAUCCGUACACACCGAAUCCGCAAACCUUCAAAUGUGAACUCAAACCGUAUUUGGCGGGAAAAUAA